ACAUCCCGACUAUAUUGAUGGAGAGCCUGUAAGUCAAGAAUUAUUAGCAUUAGAAGAAACAUGGAUUGAACACACAGGUCGGUUAUUACCGCCAGAAGGAUGUAAGUAAAUGCAUGACUUUUUUCUUUGCUUAUAUUUUAUUAGCUGUUCAAGGCAGUUUUAAAGAAAUGUUAUGUGGCCUUGUCUUGGGUUGUUUCUUAGGUGUCUUGUGCUUAUUUUGGUUCAAGGAAUCCGUAUUUACUCGUCGACAUCAAAUGGGUAUUGUGGCUGGUAUGCUCAUCAAUGUUUCUUGUGGAGUGAUGCAUGUCUACUCAUAAACUAUACCCCCCCUCUUGCAUUUAUAUAUAAAUCUGUUGUCUGUGUUACUUGAGAAUGGGUACCUUUUUUUUUCUUACUCCUUAAAUUAACUCGACUCCGCUCUUUUUUAUUUCA